CCCUCUCAUCACUCAUAUUUACACAUUCGGAACGCAAGCAGCGAGCGAUCAUGGAGGGCGAUUUAAAACCGAAUCUAUCCGAUGAAUCCCAGUAUCGGAACUGGUUGGCGCUGCCGAACGAAAUUACAUCCACAAUUCUACAGAGGCUUGGGGCAGUAGGUAUCUUGAAGAGUGCACAGUAUGUUUGCGUUGCGUGGCGCAACAUCUCCAAGGACCCGUCCAUGUGGCGCUCUAUAGACAUGCGCGAUCACGGAGACUUCUGGAAUAUGGACUUCCGUCUCGAGAAGAUGUGCUUCCUCGCCAUUGACCGCAGCUGUGGCAACUUGGUCGAUAUCAGUAUUCAGGACUUCGGCUCGGACGAACUACUCAAGCACAUCGCCAACAGUGCCAGUGGGCUUAAACGACUUCAACUUGUAUCUUGCCUUGGCAUGACUGAUGACGGAUUGAGUGAGUUGGCUGCGAAGGUUCCGAUGUUGGAAGAGCUAGACCUAUCACACUGUUCAUUUUCAGGACGAGCUGUAGAAGCUGUUGGACGCUGUUGCCCUCUUCUAAAAUCUUUGAAACUAAAUUGUAGUUGGAUUAAUUGUGGACAUGUGGAGUGCGAGAAGGGGGCACGAUCUAUUGCAGGAAAUAUGCCUGGGCUACACCAUCUUCAGAUUUUUGGUAAUAAGCUAACAAAUAUAGACCUUCUGGCAAUCCUUGAUGGUUGUCCACAUCUUGAAUCCCUGGACUUGCGCCGGUGUUUCAAUGUUGAAAUGGCAGGGAGUGUAGCAAAAAGAUGUGCUGAACAGAUCAAAGAUUUGCGAAGUCCUUAUGAUUCCGUCUAUGAUUAUCCCUUUGAUAUCGAAAUUUUUGAUAUUGAUUCUUUUGAUGAAGACUACCCAGCUGGGUUUUCUGAGAUUGACAUAGUGUCGGACGAUGAUGGUCAUUAUGAAUUUUCUGAAGGCAAUGAUUUUUCUUAUUAUGGGGACAUGGACGGUGUCGCUUUUGAUUAUCCCUCUGAUCUCGAACUUCCUGAUGUUGGAUCUUCUGAUGAAGACUCCCCAUCCGAGUUUUCUGUGGAUUAAGAGUUCAAUUAAUUUUCUGAAGGUGGAGAUGCAAUCUUUUAAGCAGGCAUUUCAGUGCAAUUUCUUUCAUGGAUGAAAGUAGCGGGCAAUCCUCGUCGUCAUGGACAUUAUUACCAUCAAAGCAUGUAACUCAAAACAUUUUAGGUAAGCUACGUGAAUGCACUAUAACGGUGGUUAGAUAAUGUAUCGUCUAAAUUUUAGCAGUGGGUUUUGUAGACUUUUGGUUUAAUUGUUGUAAAGAGUACUUACUUUUGCAUUUUCAUGGUGACUUAGUGUACAUUCAAGUUCUCAUCGCCACCUUGAGAGGUGCUAAUGGAUUUACCUUCUUAUCUUCCCAUUA